AUGGAGGGGCGGGUGCUGCGGCGCAGCGUGACGCUGGCGGACCAGCUCGCCGCGGUGGGGCCGGCGCCGGCGCCGGCGGUCGCGAUCGCGGCGGGGGCCGGGGCCGCCGCCGCUGGGUCCUGCAACCUCCGCGACCUGCUCAAGCUCCGCGACGAGGAUGACCUCGCGUCGGCCGGGCGCCGGGCCGUGGUCACGCUCGCCUCCGCCAUGGCCGCCGAGAGGCAGGUCUCGGCGCCGUCGCCGUCGCUCUCGCCCCCGUCGUCGUCGUCCCCCGCUACCGCCGCCGCGCGCGGCGGCGGCCGCGGCGCGCACCCUCCUCGACAUCAUCCGCGGCGACCAGCCUCCCGCCUCGGGGCCCUCCUCCGGCGACCCCCUCGUCCGCCGCGCCGUGUCGCUCCCACCCCCGACCACGGCCACGGCCUCCCCGCCGGCGCCGGCACUCGCCACCGCCGAGGCCGCCCCUUCCCCGCCGCCGCCUCCGCCUCCACCCGCGGCGGCGGCGGAUGA